CCACUCGUCUAACACUGCCAUGAAGCUGUCGCCCGGCCAUCACACGCUACCGCGUAAGAAGACUCUGCCGCUAGAUGCCGCCGGCAGGACGACGGCCAACUCGUCGUCCUCGAGCGUCAGCGCUCAGCAGCAGCAGCAGCAACAGCAGCAGCAGCAGCAGCAAUUCCAACGGGCCCAGCCAACGAGAAGAAGCUGCCUGUCGCCGAUGCAGUACCAUCAUCAUCAGCAGGAGCAGCAACAGCAACAGUCGCCGCAUCAUCACCAGCAUUGCCAGCAGGAGAGCUCGCUGCACUUCGAGUACUUUGUGCCGCGCAGCGUUAGCGAGUUCAACCUCGCGGCUGCCGUGACGGACAUUGCUGUGCCGCCGCCGCCUCCGACGUCCGUGCUCAAGCCAUCGUUGACGAUCACGCCGUCGGUCGCCGCCGCCGGCGUAAUCUCCACGACCAGCCAGACGCGGCUGCUGGACGGCGGCGGCUGCAACACGGGCACCAGGAGUCGCGAGAAGAUGGUGACGUUUGAGGACGAGGGGAUGAACUGCGGCGUCACCUCGACUCCCACUAGAAAAAACCUGUCCACCUUGGAUAACGUCUUUAUGUAAAAUGCGCGACUGUUGUCUGAAAGACUGUAUACUGCGUCAUUUAAGGCUAGAAGAACCUUGCCAAGAGCGAUGCCGAUUGCUCAUCGGUUGACUUUUAAGACUGAUGCGAUUGCACACAUCCUACGUAUCUUUCGAUUUAGAUAAAAUAUGGAAAGAAUAAAGAGAGAACAAAGUGAGACGAGAAGAUAAAAAAAUGUCAACGAUUUUUACAAGACUGCAAGCAUAUACCAAGAGUCGUGUGACACGCACCAAAUUAAUAAACGACAUGAAAACAAAUAAAGAAAUAUUCCAGGAAAGUGAGGAGGAUAAAAAUGAUUGAAGAUAAAAAUAUACGAAGGUUGUUGUAAAACGUACUCCAACAAGAAAUAUUAAGAAAUAUUUCAGGACCAGGCGGUAUCUCUAUCAAAAGUCGAAUUUAAUACGAAUUACCGGCACUAAUUACCUCUUAUUACUAAUAAUCAAUGACUUUUUUUUAUCGCAAAGAGGAGUGCCUAGUUUAAAUGAUAAUAAUAGCAUCCUAAAUAAUGCAACGUACGAAAGCGCUUAAAAGACGUUCUAAUUUUUCAGACUUUAAAUAUUCUUCAGACGUCUUUUAGGCACUUUUUUUCAAAUAUUUGCGUUGUUUCAAAUUAUUUUUAUGUCCAACAGAUUUUUUUUUUAUAAAGAAACGACAUAUUUCCAUUGCCAUUUUGCGAUGUCACGCGCAGAAGCUGCACAAAAGCGAGGAAUAAAAGACAAAAAUGCCAAAUAAAUAAUAGAAAAAGAUACACAGAUGGAAGACGAAAACGUUUUAAUACGACACUGAAGAGCUCUUUCGCGAUAACGAACGAAAACUACUCUUCGACUGAAUGUUGACUGUAUAUUUCGUAUUAUCGAUAAGCCGUAAUUAUCAUUAUUAUGCCCUUGCGCGCAGCGUAAGAUAUCUGUCGAGUAUCUGAAUUUCGUGUCCGAUGAGUCCGAUUAUGUAUUACGGAUGAAUAGUUGUAUGUAUAUUCGAAAAAUAUAUUGAACAUUCUAUCUGUACGAUCAUAUAUCAAAUAAAUAAAUAAGGUUACUGCAUGUACAAGUGUUGCAUUUAUCGUUCUUUCUACUUUCACCGCGUUUCAUAACGCGUCAGUUGUUUUAUACGUAAUCGUGACUAUCUCUCUAUUGCGCUAUUAUUUUGUACUGAUCCAUUUAUCG